AUGGAAAUACUGCCGUUCCCAUCACCAUCACCAUCACCGUCAACGCCCAAACUCUUCAUUUGCGCACUCUCCCUCUGCCUGGUGGCUUUUGCUGCCGCACAAUCGAGCGAUUUCGCUGAGCCCUCCAGCGAAUAUCUGCCACCUGUUGGCGAUGCUGAGGCCGCCAAAUUGGCCGAUGAUGGCUAUCGCUAUAAGACCGUGCGUCGGCUGAAGCUCCGUCAUCGCCGUGAGGUGCCCAACCAGGAAUAUCUGCCACCAGUUGACAACGCACCCAGCCAGGAGUACUUGCCACCAGUUGAUGCCGCCGCCAUUGGCGAUACCCGUGUGGCCGAUGAUGGUUAUCGUUACAAGACCGUCCGCAAGCUGAAGUUCCGUGCCCGCCAUCGUCGUGAUGUGUCGGAAAUUGCCGAGCCCAGCAGCGAGUAUCUGCCACCCGUUGAUGUUGAGUUGGCGCCUGAGCUGAAGACCGUUGUGGGUGAUGAUGGCUACCGUUACAAGACCGUGCGUCGCCUGAAGUACCGUCGUCAUCGUCGUGAGACCGAUGAAGCCGCUGCCGCCGCUGAGAGUGCACCAAAUGGCGAAUACUUGCCCCCAGCUGAGGCUGCCGCCCCCGCUGCCGAAGAGCCAGCGCCUGUCGAGAGCGCUGAGCUGGCCAAGGAUGGUUACCGUUACAAGACCGUGCGUCGCAUUCGUUACCGUUACCGCCAUUAA